UCUUUCAGGCGCUUAUGAUGCGCUGAAAGGUUGUCCGCUGCUCGGCGCUUCUCCUCAACCGUUUAAUGUCUAAUUUCGGCUUCGGGCGCUUACUUGGCAACUUUGUGCGGACAGGAAAAGCCUCGGCUACGGUUGAGCGUGUGAACGGUGACCGCGGCGGAGUCUGGAUGUUCGCAGACGAGCACUGAUGUAGCGGUGUUGUGACGGUCGUCACGUUCCUCUCUACCUCCGGUGCCCCAGUGCCUCACUGCAUGACCUCAGACAACACAUGUACCUACGAGGGUGAAAAUCCUCCCCUUCCUCUCAACUCCUGACUAUCACACUCGGUUUCCACGGACCCCGGAACCUUCUCGUCUCGUCUUUCAGCUCAUCUCCAGAAGAAGGAGCUGCGGAGAGUGUUCUUGUUCUGCACACAGGAGUUAAACACCUCCACUUGAGCCGGUGGAGGUGUUGAGGAGCUGCUGCCUCGGGUUUACCCUCUCGUAUCUGCCAGAGGUUUACCCUCUCGUAUCUGUAAAGGUAUAGAUAGGUAUUUUAUUUAAUUUUUUCUCCUGGUUGGUUUGUGUCCGGUUCUGCCGGCCGUGUGACUGUUCAAAACUGGGGCGCGAUUCAUGGGAUGCAACCAUGUCGGAUCUCAGUGAGCGCAGGCCGGUCAACACGGACUACGCUGUCUCCCUGCUGGAGCAGCUCAAGUUCUUUUACGAACAGAAGUUACUGACUGAUGUUGUGCUGCUGGUGGAGGAAACAGAGUUCCCAUGUCACAAGAUGGUCCUGGCCACAUGUAGCUCCUAUUUCAGAGCGAUGUUCAUGAGCGGCCUCAGCGAGAGCAAACAGACCCACGUCCACCUGAGGAACGUGGACGCGGCCACGCUGCAGAUCAUCAUCACCUACGCCUACACGGGCAACCUGGCCAUCAGUGACAGAACGGUGGAGCCGCUGUACGAGACGGCCUGCUUCCUACAGGUGGAGGACGUCUUGCUGCAAUGCAGAGACUAUCUGGUGAAGAAGAUAAAUGCAGAGAACUGCGUCCGCAUGCUGAGCAUCGGCGACCUGUUCAGCUGCAGCGAGUUGAAGCAGAGCGCCAAGCGCAUGGUGGAGCACAAGUUCCCCAUGGUUUACCGACAUGAGGCCUUCCUGCAGCUCUCGCACGAGCUGCUCGUCGACGUCCUGAGCAGCGACAACCUCAACGUGGAGAAGGAGGAGACAGUGCGCGAGGCGGCCAUGCUGUGGCUGGAGUACAACAUGGAGGCGCGCUCACAGCACCUGUCCUCCGUGCUGAGCCAGAUCCGCAUCGACGCACUGUCGGAGGUGACGCAGCGCGCCUGGUUCCAGGGUCUGCCGCCCAACGACAAGUCGGUGGUGGUGCAGGGCCUCUACAAGUCCAUGCCCAAGUUCUUCAAGCCGCGGUUAGGCAUGACCAAGGAGGAGAUGCUGAUCUUCAUGGAGGCGCUGUCCGAGACGCAGGUGGAGGGCUACGUCAUGUGCGAGUCGGUGCCCUUGGCGGUCGUGUGUUACAGCCCGCAGGCGGAGAAGGUCUACAAGCUCCGCAACCCGCCGGGCGACCUGCAGAAGGUGGGGACGCUCGUCACGCCCGACAACGACGUGUUCAUCGCCGGCGGACAGAUCUCGCUCAAGAACUCCAUCACCAACCACGGGAAGAGCGGGAAGCUGCAGGCCAUGUUCCGCUCGGUCGACAGCUUCUUCUGGUUCGACGCGCAGCAGAACACGUGGGUGCCCAAGACGCCCAUGCUGUGCGCGCGCAUCAAGCCCUCGCUGGUCUACUGCGACGGCUACAUCUACGCAAUCGGCGGCGACAACGUCGGCGGCGAGCUGAACAAGCGCACGGUGGAGCGCUACGACUGCGAGAAGGACGAGUGGAGCAUGAUGAGCCCUCUGCCCUUUGCCUGGAACUGGAGCACGUCCGUGGUGGCGCACGACUGCAUCUACGUGAUGACGCACGACCUCAUGUACUGCUAUUUCCCCCGCGCCGACACCUGGGUGGAGAUGGCCAUGCGCAAGACCAGCCGCUGCUUCGCCUCCGCCGCCGCCUUCGGCGACCUCAUCUUCUACGUCGGCGGCCUCCACGUGGUCAGCAACUCCGGCAUCCGCCUGCCCACGAGCACCAUCGACGGCUCGUCCGUCACCGUGGAGAUCUACGACGUCAACAAAAACGAGUGGCGCCUGGCCGCCAACAUCCCUGCAAAGCGCUACUCGGACCCAUGCGUGCGGGCGGUGGUGCUGCUCAACUCACUGUGCAUCUUCAUGCGUGAGACGCACAUGAACGAGCGCGCCAAGUACGCCAUCUAUCAGUACGACGUGGAGCUGGACCGCUGGUACCUGCGGCAGCCCGUGUCUGAGCGCGUGCUCUGGGACCUAGGGAAGGACUUCCGCUGUGCGGUGGGGAAGCUGUACCCGUCCUGCCUGGAGGAGUCUCCGUGGAAACCUCCCACGUACCUCUUCUCCCCCGACGGGGCGGAGGAGUUCGAGGUGGACGGCGAGCUGGUGACGCUGCCUCACGUAUAGCUCUUAACCUCCCCUCCAUCGCCUCGCUGACUGAACGCGGGGGGACGAGCGCGGUCGGAGGGGAGUCGACGACGAGUUCCCCCCGAGGAAAAGGGUUUGACGUUUUUUCUGCGUCGCCGCGGGAUUUUUUUCUGUUGGACGAUGGCGGACUUCAUCAGACGCAGCUGCUGCUGUCGAGUGAUGGACGCGCAAAAAAAAGAUGGCCCUUAAAGGGAUAGUGCAGGUUUUUUGUUGUUUGUUUUUUGAAGUGUGGCGUGAACCACUCACUCUGCCACACCAAAGCCCAUAGAGGAAAUCAGUGAUUUUAGCUCAUGGAGACACAGGAGCUGCUGGUCAACUGCUGCCUCGUGUGGUCACUUUGUGUCACUCUGCUGUUUAAAAUCAUUUAUUCGGAUUAAACAAAGUCGCGUCAUAACACAUUUGAACUCCCUGAUGGGGGCAGCAGUGAGUCAACAGCUCCUGUGUUCUGUGACGUUAAAGUCGUCGCUUUUCACUAUGGAGUUUGGUAAAGGUGAAACUUCCUGUUGGGGGGAAAAAGUAAAGAUAUAAAAUAAUAAUAUUGGAAUCAUGGAAAAAUAAAUAUGGGAAUCAUGUAAAUUAAACGUAAGCGGACAAACACACACACACACGACACUUCAACAAAAACCUGUAUUAUGCCUUUAAAAAGAUACUAGUAAUCUGAAAAUGUAUAUUUGUUUCUUUUGUUUCUGUUUUUUUCUUCUGUCAUUUGUGACAUCUGUUAGAUAUUAUUACAUCAUACUGUUUCUACAAUGUGAUAAUCUAAAUGUCGAUUUUUGAUGAUGAUGCACUUAACUGCUAAACCUUCUCUGAAUGACAAUGGCAACUGUACCAAAACCUCCCUCCACCUCCACCCUCUAAAUGUAGGCUUCCCUCUCUCCUCCUCCUCCUCCUCCUCUUCUUCUCACCACUGAUAAAGGGAUAAAAUCCUCACCUUUACCUUUAGAGCAUUAAACACUGCGCCAUUAAAGUUUCACUCUGAAAAGUUCUCACGACUUUGUGGAGGAGAAGAUGGUUACAGCAAAACUUAAUAUUAAGUUUGUUCACGUGCGGUUACCUGGACGCACAAAUAUGAGUUAGUUUGAGCAACAAUCAGUGGAAAAAAAUCGAAAAUGAUAAAUUUCUGUCUUUUGGAGUGACGCGGAUGAUUAUCGUCAUUUAAUGAUUUUGUUCUAUGAAGAGAAAUUAGCUGAAAAAACAUGUUUCAGACCAAUAAAAUCAAUCAGGAAAUGUUUUCCUGGUUCGUUAAUGUCAUAAAUAAACUCAUUGGGUUCUAUAUAUAUAUAUAUAUAUAUAUAUAUAUAUGAAUUCAGAAAUAUUUCGUAACUUAAAAGUGAUGUUAUUUUACGUUUCUGUUCAGAAAAACGUCAAAAGUAUCUCGUUAUUAUUGAUUAACGUGGACAAAAAACCUAAAAUGAUUCAAACGUACAUUUUAGAUCAACAGUAUUUCCAGAUUUUCACGUCGCUUGUUCUGUCGGAUUAAGUAAUUCUUCAAUAAUAGUCAAUAAUGAUCUGUUCUGAUAAUAACUUCUUGUUCUGCAGAUGAUCUGUACGACUGUAAUCCCAUAAAUUUACCACUUAAAUCUCAAACCUACGACUUUAUUCUUGUCAAUUUGCGACUUUUUUCUCGUAAAUUAAGACUUUGAUCUCGAAGUCUGUUAAUUUUUUCUUUUACUCAGUGUUGUAAUACUCCGCCGUAGAUCUGCGUGUCUUGAUAAAUCGUUGUUUUCGCUGCCUUUUUUUACAUCAUUUCUUUCCUGUCUUUCAUUUGAAAAAGAUCCAGUGGUGGCGACAACUAGUGGUCAGAGUGCAGACUGCAGUAAACAGUAGAGGCCAUAGAAGAAGAAGAAGAAGAAGAAAGCCCUCUGCGAUCUGUAAAGGCCACCGUAGUUUCUUGAUUCAGAUAGGUUAGUCCAUUUGUGGUUGCACAAAAUGGCCGCUGCCUUAAAGCAAGACCCCCACCCCACCCAAGGCAUAUUGAAGAUUAUGAGAAAAAAAACAUUAUUUUAAAGCACUUACAGACAUACUUAUUACGUUUACGAAAUGUUCUACAAUAAACCCUCACGUGAGACCUUUAAGCGUUAGAUUAACAAACAUUAUUUGACAUUUAAAUCUGGUAAAUGUUUGCGUUUCUCCACCAAAAAGCUUUUCAGAGCCGUCUUUAAAUCCACGGAGACAAAAAUCAAUUCCUUUUAUUUUCCCGUGGUGCGAGCGGAGGAGCAGCGUCCACAAAAGGGCGGCUGCAGGUCCGGUCGUCACCUCUCCUCCCUCGCAGCUCCACCCUCCUCCUUUGCCCCGACCCCGCCUCCUCAGCCUGUCCGUCACACAGGUCUUCCACACAGCCAGCAUUUACGCCACCUCACUGUUCAUCCAUCGUCAUGUGAUCGUCACUUACUCACACACACACACUCGGUUCAAACGUUGGUUUCAGGCUCAUGUAUUUUUGAUUUGUAUUAUUAUUGUUAUUAUUAUUCCCAAGCUGCUGAAUUAUAUAUAUAAUAAAAUAUAUAUUUUUCAUAUGUUAUAAAAACUGUUCUAGUGUGGGGGAAAAUAACCAGGUCUAUUUUGUAUUAGUGUCAUUUUUUUAUUAUUUAAUAUCAGACAUUACUGUAGUGUGAUUGUGGGUAGAAUUUUCCAUUUUUCCUUUUUUUUUGAAUAUUGAGGAUUCUUGCUGCUGAUUGGUUGUGAGAGAAGAGGGCUGGCCCAGGGGCUGUUGCUACGGGAAUCGUCCCGGCAACCACUAGCAGUAGUAGUAGUUGUAGUAGUGGAGGGGGAGGGGGAAGAGGCUCCUCCCCCCCUCGCUCUGACUUUACAAACAUGAGCACAGGUGCUUCAUGACAGAAACUUAACGAGCAUGUCUGGCUGCAUCAUAUUCCUUUGGCACUGUAUUUUGAAUGAACGUUAAUUUAUUAAAAAAACAACGUACCAAAAACCUUC